AGUUCCUCGCUCUGACCGACAGGAGGCGCUCUGGUUACAGCAUCAACCCGCCGCCUCCAGUCCGCGCGCGCGCGCACCUCUGUGCGUGAGCGCGCGCUCGCCGCCGGCUCGGUGAUUGGGCAGCGCGGCGCGCGCUCAGCUGUUCGCCCCUCCCCCCCCCUCCUCUUCCUGUCCGUAAAACGCGCACGCGGGCGCACGGUGAGCGCGCGCUCCGUGUUUGCCCACAUGAGCCCAAACUGUUUUCGUCGCUGAGAAAACAAAGUCUGAUCUCGCGCAGCUCCAACACGAGGCGCUCUUUUACGCACAGCUCAGAUCUGGAUUUUACGCACACGGAGCGCGGAGCGGCUACACCUGUGCGUAAACAGCGCCGCGGGGUGAGGGGGCAGAUCAGAGGCCGCAGGUUGAUGAUCAGAACCCGGAGCCGCUCGGGACUCGGUGGAGGUCUGCGGUGUGAGCGCGAGGCAGGAAGGAGCAGAAAGAGGAUUUUUGGAGAAGCUCCUCCUCUCCGUGAUGUCGGAACCUCCUUAAUUACUAAUUUCUCCACAUCGAAGCCACGCUCUUUCCCUCCCCCUCUUUCUCUUUCUCUUUUCUCUCUCUCCACUCCUCCAUCCAUGCAUCUCUCAUCCUGACCCUCCUUUCUCUCUCCUCUCUGUCUCUCUCUGGUUUCCAGGAUAACGGAGGUGGACCAGCCUGGAGGAGCCGCUUUUUAUUAUAAUUAUUAUUUAUUCCCGCUUUUUGUUUGGGCUUUUUUUUGUUUGUUUGUUUGUUUGUGUUUUCUUUCCUGCCACCGGGCAUGGAGGACGUAAAAACCCCGCCGACCGUCCACCGGUCCUCCUCCUUCAGCAUCAAGAGCCUCCUGCUGCCCUCCAAGUGCGAGCGCCCGGACCCGGUGGCCGCCGCGAUGGUCGGCCUCCCCGGGUCUCUGUCUCCAUCACCGGGCUCCGACUCAGACAAGUCGCUGGGCCCCCCGGAGCUGGACUCCGCCGCCGCGGGACUGGAGCAGGGGAAGCCGGGCAGGGAGGAGCAGGGGGAGCAUGAGGAGGAGGAGGACGGAGGAGGAGGAGGAGGCGGAGGAGGGGAGGACUCCAAGCCGACCCCGACACCGGAGCAGAACUCCACCGGGAGCAACAACAGCGCGAAAAACGGGAAGUACGACAAGCCUCCGUUCAGCUACAACGCGCUGAUCAUGAUGGCCAUCCGGCAGAGCCCCGAGAAGCGGCUGACGCUCAACGGCAUCUACGAGUUCAUCAUGAAGAACUUCCCCUACUACCGGGAGCACAAGCAGGGCUGGCAGAACUCCAUCCGGCACAACCUCAGCCUCAAUAAGUGCUUCGUCAAGGUGCCCCGGCACUACGACGACCCGGGCAAGGGCAACUACUGGAUGCUGGACCCAAGCAGCGACGACGUCUUCAUCGGCGGGACGACCGGGAAGCUCCGCCGGCGCUCCGCCACCUCUCGCGGGAAGCUGGCCAUGAAGCGCGGGCUGCGCUUCGCUCCGCUCGGCUUGGAGCGGCCGAACAACCCGCUGUACUGGCAGAUCUCCCCGUUCCUCUCCCUGCACCACCACCACCACCACCACCCGCACUACAACGGAUCCUCGCCCGGUUUUCUGAACCAGGCGGCGGGUUACGGGUCUCUCCUGCCCGCCGUGGAGCAGCUGAGUAACGGGGACCUGGGGCGCUCCAUGGCGCUGGGUUUGACGAACACUUACGGGAUGAGCACGUCGCCGGUGGGGCUGCUGUCCGGACAGACCGCCGGGUACUUUGUCUCAGGGAGCCAACACGCCGCGGCGGCGCCGGGGCCGCCGGGAGGAGGGCCCCCGCCGCAACCGCCACCCCCGCAGCAUCUCCCGCAGGGCGCCGCAGGCUUCGGCGGCCUGGGCUCCAGCGGCUCCCCGCAGUCGCUGCUGUCGGACUCCCUCAGAAACAGCUCGUUACCGGCCUUCUCCCCCGGCGUGUCGGCGGGGUUCCCCGGGGUUCUGUCCCACCAGAAGCGGGUGACCCCCAACGCCUUCCUGAACUGACCUCCCCGCCUCACCCCUCCGGACUCUCAGCGGAACAAAAGACGUCUGUAAAGGGCAGAAAAUACGCGGUAAAUAUCAGACAAUGCGCAGAUUUAUAGAAGUAUAUUAAUGAAACUUUUUGGCCAUAUUCUGGUUUAUUUCGAUUAUUUUCAAGAGGAAAAAAAGGGACAAACUUUUGUUACCCGCGGGUGUAAAACUGUAAACUAGACUUGCCAAAGGUAACAAACACUAGAAGAUUAUUUCAAACUAUUUAUAUCUUGUACAAAGAUUUUCAGUACUUUUCUUUGAGUCGUUUAUUAUUUAUGUUUUGUAUUUAUUGUACAAUGUAUUUAAAUUUUAUUCUCAGUGUAUUUACUCAUCAGUAUUAAUGAACACGGUGGGUAGGGGGGCUGGGAUCAUUAUUAUUUAUGAAGUUUGGAGACAAUCACAACUUUUUCUGUUUAUUUGGGUGGAAAAGGCGUUUGAAUAAGUUAAUAAUUAAUAAUAAGCCUUAAAGUUGUGAAAACAAUCAGGGGUUUCAGAGGAAAAAUAAGCCUAAAAAUCAUAUCUGCACUCAGGUUUGACCCCAGACAGGAGAGUUUCCUUCCAGAAUGAAAAUAUCCAAACUGAAAGUUUUUAUUUCUGUGAAACAGAACAAAAACAAAAACAACAACAAAAAUAAUAAUAAUAAUAACUAAUCUCUGCUGCUGCUUAAAAUCCGAAUAUUUGACCCGGAUACUAAAGAUUUUGGAACA